AUGGAUCCAUUCACACAGAACAUACUCGAGCGUGCUGAAAAACGUGCUGCCGCCCUAGGCAUAACGAACACUUCGAAGUUCCCACUGUCGGAAUUCAACUACGAAGUGGACAAGCAAAGCACUGCUGGAGCUUCACCGAAGAAAAAGUCCGUCGUGAAGAAACAUUCCGCACCGAAGCCACCAUCGUCAACGACCGUAUCGACGCGCACGGCUACGGACGGUGAGCGUACCACCACGGUGGACAUUGGUGGGCAGGACAACUGUGAUGUGGCGCUGGAAAUAAACAUCACCACAAGCGCUAACCUGCAGGUCGACUUGGGUGUGAAAGAGUUGGAAAACGAUGGCAGCGUUAAAAAGCAAUGGGAACAUAAUAUUGUGCGCGCACUUGAGGGUGAGAAGGAGAACAGUGCUGAGGCGAAAAGUGUCAUCCGAGACCAGAGUCGGAAUCAGCUGCAACGCCUCGGUACACUCUACUCGGACACGCAGGAUCUUUCGUCCCCGGUACACCGGACCGAGGCACGGUUUCACGAGGAUAUGAAGCAGAGCAGUAAACCGAAGUCUAAGCUGGCGAAAUUAGCAAUGCUGGCGGAUUCGAUUAACAAUUGGGAGGAUGAUACGUCGCACCCGGACAUUACGCAUCACCGCGAGACGAUCGUUCCGGGUAGGGAGAAAAAAUCAUCUACCGUUCGUCGGCAAAGUCCGAAGCGUGUUGGUGGUACCUCGUCUUCUGCAACAUGUACGGGUGCAACUCCCAAAAAGUACCCCGCACCAAAUCCACCAAAAUCGAUCCUAAGCCCCCAGAAGCCGGGUAGUAACGGUGGUGAGCCAUCUGGGGCGUCAGGUAAACCCGGGCAUACGAAAUCACUGAAAUGGGAUCAGAAGGUAAUGGACACGCUCGAAUCGCAAGGUUUUCAGAGACGCGAAUCAACCACUUCCAAACUGGUGUACGAUUACAAGGAGGAUAAGAAUGGCAAAAAACCCGAAACCUAUCGAGUACCAGCAUCGGUAUCAACAACUAAUUCAGCAUCACGCGAACGUACCACUACACAGGUGGAUCAAGCCGAAGAAGCUAAAAGGUCCGCUACUGUUACUCAACAGAAAAAAAUGAUCGGUGCGUCGAGUGUGCCUAAACCCACGGGCGGUGGGUUGGUAUCUGGACGGGCCGCAAUUUUCGAAAAAUCGUCCGGACGGCGACAAUCAAUCUUGAAAUCGGGUCAAAAAGAUCCGGCCGAAAUGUCGCUGAAAGAGCGUAUGGCUAUUUUCGAGAAGAAUAAGGGUGCCGCUCUGGUACCAAAGGCAGCAUUCGGCAUAAGCCCUUCGAUACGGCAGAUCACGGGUGAGAAGGACGGUGGAAAACCAUUCUCGUCCGGAUCGGGACCGAUGUCCUGUGCUGCCAUUCAGGGGUCUGGCUUUGGGAGUAUAACGCAGCAAGCACGACCCGUUGCUCCAGCAUCCCCGCAGAGUAAACCGAAAGCUGAUCACGGUAAAUCGGUACCGAAAAUUGAAACGAAAGCAACAGGUUCCGCUAUUCGUAACACUGUUGAAGCUCUGAUGUCGGACACGAGCACGAUUUCGCAGUCGGAAAUAUCGGAAGAAAUCCGUCGUAUGCGCCAGCAAGAGAUGGACAUGUUGCUCAAUCGCUUUACGAAACCGACUGACAUGUCAUCGGAUACCAUGUCGUCGUACGAUUCACAGCCCAUUCCAUCUGCACCACCGAUGCCUCCGGAGGGUUAUUUGACGGCUAGCUCCAGAAAGAAAAAUAAGCAAUCGUUGGAAGGUCCUAAUAGCCAUCCAGCCAAGCGCCGCAGUGAUGGUGCCAACGAUAGUCCGGAUGUGAUCGCCGCCUUGGAUGAUGUGAAACGUAUCCGGGUAACGUCGUCGGCGAAAAAUGGACGCAUGUAUCCAGCACUGAGCGAUAUCGAAACGACCGCGACCGAAUCUGGUGACGAAGGGGCGGUCGGUGAUGAUUAUACUACCGCUACCGUGUCCGGUUCGGAAGCGUCCGAGCGUGCCUACCGGACAUGCUACGGCGAUGUCGGUGACGAUGAACAUGCCGUACAGGAGGAAGAUUACGACGAAGAGGAUGAUGAUAAUGAACGGCAUCAGUACGAGGUGGAUGAGGACGACGACAGCUUCAUGUACUCCGACGAUGACGAAGAGGCCAACAUUGCCAACGUAAGCCUGGGACGCGAAAUUCUACAAGCGGUCAAACUUAACGAUCGUCGCACUAGUCGUGGUCGACGCCAAAGCCAAGACUGGAACCACGGGGAGGAAAAGGUUACCCAGACGCACACACCGAAAGGUGUGUCCUUCAGCCUGAAUCAUUCCGCUGCCAGCGAUGGUACGGAUCAGCAAGAGGACAGCGAUCUGGUCGAUGCCUGCCUCGAGGAAGCAUUGGUUGACGAAGACGACGAAGACAGUGAAACGUUUGAUACACCUCGUAAAUCUUCUGUGUCGUCGAACAGUUUCUCCUACCAGAAACACUCAGGGCGCGAUCGUUGCACUACGAUCAACGAAGAGCACUCCGAAAAGGUGACCAACGGUGGUGGUGCUUCCAAGCGCAAGUCCGGCACACCCCGCAAGAGCCAAGGUGGCCAUCCGCAGGGUGUUGGGUCCGUUGACUACAGCAGUCCGGUACGUUCGGAACUGCAGGUGAAACCUUCUACAGACAACGACGAUAUGGUCACGUUGGUCCACACCGUCAGCUUCUAUCGUCGCCAACAGCAGCAGCAACAGAAUUCGAUCACUCCUCGAAAAAUCGCACGUACCCCGGUAACAUUGAAGGCAUCGGGCACCGCUCCGGCAAACCGGGCGGGUACGGUUCAUUCCACAACCGGUUUCGAUUCGGACGAAGAGGAUGUGUCCAGUACGGCAGAGUCUACCUCGACCGGCACGGAGGAAGGUGAAUUUUUGGUACAGGAAAAGGUGAAAAAACUAUUGGACGAAGUUUGCAAACAGCAGACGAUUAUUGCACAGGCUAGCCAGGCGUUGAACCUGUGCGCUGCCACAAUCGAAUUUUCCGGCUCAACGGAAUCGGCCGAAGGCGAACGCCAUCUGCUCGUGGCGACCCAUCGCCGACAAGCCAUUUUGGACGAAGUGCAACGUCUCCGCGUUGAAGGCUGUCUCCGGCCACCGGGUGCACCCACGGAAAAGGGUCGGCUGACGGUGAAGGAUAUAACGCUGCCCCUCAAACAAGAGUACAUGCGUAAGCUGGCAUCGGAUCAAAUCAGUGGCCAUAAUUUGGUCUGCCUGUUGAAGUAUAAUGAAACGGUGUUGGCCACACAGACGGCACCUACCUUGCCGGGAUUACUAUCCGUACGGUUUCCCGAUGUGCUUCAGCUGAGCAAUGUGUUUGCUGAUUUUAAAAUAACGAUGGAAAUUUACGGCAUGCCCGCUGGUCGAGAGGUUCUACCACACGAGAUUAAGUAUCAUAUUGCGUUGGGUAAAAAGAAAGGUGGUAGCGGAUCGAGCAAACUGCUCCAUACACCGAAGGGACUGAAAAGCAACUCGCGGCUCAUAAUGCCUCCUGUGCAAUCGCCGGCCGGACCGCAAGCCGUUCGGUCGCCGUCGCUUACAAUGUACGGAUUAAUAAUUUUCUCGCUAAAAGAAAUCCAACGUACGAGCUGGACGCUUAAUCCCAUCUCGGGCUGUGCCAGCCCGUUGGAUGGUACCGUAAAUAUGCGUGUUAACUGCGAGCUUGCGGUCACGGUAGACUACCAUGGCUUUUUGACGAUGUACGAGGAUGUCUCGGGCUUGGGCGCUUGGCAUCGGCGUUGGUGUCGACUGCAACGCCACAUGAUCAACUACUGGAGGUAUCCGGACGACGAGAAGCGGAAGGCACCGAUUGGCAGUAUUGAUCUGCAGGGCUGCAGCACACAGCGUGUUGGUGUUGCACCGCGCGAUAUCUGCUCGCGAUUGAACACAUUGAUGCUGGAGUUUGCUCGCCCCGCAAGGGACUCCGACGUUGAGUCGCUGAAAAUCGUUCGCCAAGGCAAAACCACUAUCGAAAGGUAUCUGCUUUCGGCGGAUUCGAAAGAGGAACGAGAUGAAUGGUGUGCCCAUCUGAACAAAACGUUGGCACUGUUAAAAGCGUGGGGCUCGAGUAACGUCACCAGUAGCUAG